GACCGGGAUACUGAGAGGGGCGAUGGAGGAAUGAGGCUAUUGGGAGAUAUCAUAUAUAGAGAAGAAAACUGCAGGAUGUAAUUAUUAUCCGGGACCGAUACAGCUUUCGGGUCAGCUGAUGAGUGCGCAGGAAACUGACAGAGUGUGCGAGAUCAUAAACUUCCCGUGGUUUGUGCGUUUGGACUCCGACUGAUUCUUUCAUAUAAAGAGUUUUGAAGAAAAAACGAAACUCCUGGAAACAAGACAAGAGCCACGGUUCAAUGGCCAACCGGGGAAGCACACGGACAAAUGGACAGACUAAAAUCUGCCAGUUUAAAUUGGUGCUACUGGGAGAUAUGGCAGUAGGAAAAUCGAGUCUUGUAUUGCGGUUUGUCAAAGGACAGUUUGAUGAGUUCCAAGAGACCACCAUAGGAGCUGCUUUCCUGGCGCAAUCUGUUUGUCUUGAUGACACAACUGUGAAGUUUGAGAUAUGGGACACAGCAGGACAAGAACGGUACCACAGCCUCGCCCCCAUGUAUUAUAGAGGAGCGCAGGCCGCCAUUGUGGUCUUUGACAUCACCAAACCAGAGACGUUUGACCGGGCCAAGGCGUGGGUGAAAGAGCUGCAGCGACAGGCCAGUCCUAAUAUAGUCAUUGCUUUAUCUGGCAACAAAUCUGACUUGGCAGAAAAGAGGAUGGUGGAAUAUGAGGAGGCACAGGCAUAUGCAGAAGAUACUGGGCUAUUAUUCAUGGAGACUUCUGCAAAAACCGCUGUGAAUGUUAAUGAUUUAUUUCUAGCAAUAGCAAAGAAAAUGCCGAAAUCUGACGCUCAAAAUCCUACUCACGCCGCCCGUAAUAGAGGUGUGAACGUACAAGGCUCAGACCAACAGCAACGGAGUGGAUGUUGUGGAAACUGAUGCAACAAAUGUGAGACGAGUUCCCCUCAUUAUGCUUCUUCCACUACACUCUAAAGGACGCUCCUGUUCAGCCAGCGGACAUUCUUUUUGCUUUCAAAAUUUUCCUGCGUUAUUAUUUUUAUUGUACAGUGUUUAAUAAAAAAAAAAAAAGCAGACUAGCAGGCAACUUAUCCACAAUUUCUGCAAAAAUCUGAACUAAGUACAGGUCAAUGAUUUUGCAGACUCCAUUGGAGGAUUUGAAGAGGUAACGUAAAAUGCUCCUGUAUAAGUUUAUCAUGGACUUAUAAAGUUUUAGUAAUCAGCCACAUUUAUUUCUUUGCAUUUAUUUCUUUCCAUGCACUUAGAGAACCUGAUGCAUUUACUGAACUAUGGUUGAUUUAAGCAGCCCAUCGGUUUUUGUACUUAGUUGGGCUCAUGCAGAGUGUGGAUGUUUAACCUCUGAACCUCUACAUGGAAUAAGUAUUCAGAAUCUCCCUAUAUAUAGGGCCGUUCAAUGCUGCUGUAUAGUCGGCAAGCUCCCCGUUAGCAGAAGAACAAAGCACUGUGGACUUCUCGCACUUUACCUUCGUACCAUUUCUUUUUCUCCCAAAAACAUUGAUCUCGGCUGCCUGUGUGUAAAUUUAUUUCCUUUGCUUUCUAAGGAAACAAAAAGACAUGCUCUGAACUUGAAUUUUGUAUUUGCACCUUCAGAUAAUGUUUUACUUGAAAUGACUCCUAAAAUAUUGAUUUUUAAUGUAACAUUAAAGCAAACCAAAUUGGAA